AUGGCGGAUUACAGCAGCGUGAAAUACAGAUCGGGGAGAAUACAGACUAUUAAUGCUGAACAAGAAAUUGUUUUGAAGCAGGUUUGGGCACACUAUUUAAAAUAUUUUGGUUAUGAAGUGAAUAUUUCAAGUGAAGAUAUUAAGUUUAAGGAGAGCUUUAUUCCUUCGACGACUACAAUUGAAUAUGGAGAAAGUACAGGAGAAUUGGGGUUUUCUAAUGGAUUAGUUAAAACGAAUACGAGAGGGUCUCUCAACUCCAACGCUUCUCUCAAGAGUAGUACGAAAAAGAAGGGCUUUUUUCAGAAAGGACAUGCUGAACCUCCCAAGAUACCGGCAGGUUCAAAGAGAAUGCGUGAUAUAGAAGCCCAAUGCACCACCGAAAGAUACAUACCCGUUAUUGAUGCUUCGGAGGAAUUCAAGUAUAUGUAUUAUGACUAUUACAAGCAGGGGUACGAAUCGGAAGACGAAUCAGGAGACGACGUGUCGGAUAUGAAUUCAAUGGACACAUUUAUUACUGCAUCCACAUCGAUCACUGAUCCGGGAUCGUACGAAUUGGUACAAGGCCUUGGAAAACAGAAUGUUAGUGCGCAAUCAUUGGGACUGGCUCCAAGGUCGUUUCAGCUUAAACCCAACACCAAAAUCAUUCCUUGCCUCUCAAGGUACAAACCAGAGGAAUUACAUGCUUCUUUAUUUAAAGCUUUGAGAAACGAUCUCUUUGAUAACUAUUUGUUAAGGUUUGUGAGAGCUAGAAAGUUUAAAUAUGAUGAAGCAAUUGCUAUGUUAUCCAAGUCAUUGGACUGGAGGCACAAUACGUUGGAAGCUGAUGAUUUUCUCCUUGAAGGUGAUGCCCCAUCGUAUAUGAAUGGUACCAAUAAAGGAUUCAUCAAAAAUUUUACUGUGGGGAAAUGCUACACAAGAGGUGUAGAUAAACAGAAGAAUCCUAUAGUCUUAUUCAAAGCUAGAUUGAAUUAUCCAUCAGACUCUCCGUUAGAAGGAACUAAGAGGUAUGCGCUAGUCAUUAUCGAAUGGAGUAGAUUAAAUUUGAAAGAUAUUAGUGACUCAAGAGAUCAAUGUUCGGUCAUUUUCGAUUUGACAGGAUUUUCUUUGAAGAAUAAUGAUUUACCAGCUAUUAAGUUUUUGGCAGAAAUUUUUGAAGCCCAUUUCCCUGAAAUUUUGGGUUCGAUCUUGAUUCAUAACGCUCCUUGGAUCUUUUCGACCAUUUGGAAUCUCAUUAAGAACUGGCUUGACCCAGUAGUUGCAUCUAAGAUUCAUUUUACUAAAAGCACCAAAGAUUUGAACCAAUUCAUUGAUAGUGAUAACCUCCCAGAAUCGAUGGGCGGUAAAGACCCAUAUGCUGGUGAAUAUCCAGAACCAAAAGCUGAAGAUUGCCAUCCUCCAAAACCUAAAGAUGCCGUCUAUCGUCAACUUAAGAAAGAAAGGGAUGAAAACCUCGUUAAAUUCUUAGAGACAACCAAGAGAUGGAUAGAAUCCACAGAUUCGGAUGUUAGUGCUAGAUAUUUGCAAGAUAAAAUAGACCUUGGUACAAAGAUUGCUCAGUUAUACGUUGAUUUGGAUCCAUAUGUGAGGAUUCCUGGAAUUUACGAUAGAAACGGAUCAAUUGACUUAAGCAUUUAA